AUGUCUGGCCGAGUCGGGGACCUGUGUUGGGGCUGCGGUUCUGGCGCCGACCACCCGGGAGGCCGCAUCUCGCCGUUGCUGAUCUGGAAAGACAUGGGGGGGGGGGGGGGGGGGGGGGUAGCCGGGGCAGAGAGUUUUGGCGCUGCGCUGAAGGGCCAGUUGUUCGUGUCAGGCGGAGGAAGAGCAAUAGGAUGCGCCGUCGCUCGCCGCUCGCAGUGGCGUAGCGCCGCCAACCAUACCUUAUGCAGAGGGAAGAUGUACAUCGCAGCAUCACCCCCAAACUCUUUGGCCGAGUGGAUUUGGCGGAGCCUGAACAGCACGAAUGGCCAUUUUGAGUCGCUGGGUGACAUGAUUAUUCGAGGAGCAUGACCGGCAAACCCACUUUGAGUUUUAGCUCAUGGUCUGGGAUUCCUGGGGACGUCAAGGUGUUUAGGAAUUCAGUAGGCUGCAUGUUCAUCAUGAUAUUGGUGUUUGUCGUUGCCUUGCACACGGUGUCCAGGCUUAGACAUGAAAGUGCAUUUGGAGAUAUGAUGAAGAGACUAAUAAGGUGUCACAUACAGUACAUUUAUCUGGUAUGAUGGCACUAUAAAUCAAUAAUUGUUCAAUAGGUGUCAUGGUAGUGUCAGGAUGCAUUAAAAACAUGGUUUAUAAUUUAGUAUCAGAAGAGUUUUGACAUAUAAUAUUAGAAGGAAGGUUGAGCUGAGAUCAAAAUGCUGACACACAUGUGAGGAAUUGCAUGUGGAUAUUACCUGAGGUUGAUGGUGUUGAUGUUGUGUCUUCAAUUUGGUGGACGUUUCUUUGCGCCUUCGAUUGUUUGGGUGUCGCGGGCGUAUAUUGGAUGCAAGUGGCUGGAUUUGUUGACAUGCCUUCGAUCUGUCGGCCAUCUCGUGUGUCCGAUCGUCUCGGCAUCUUGAAAAAGGAGCUAUUGAGAAAGUGCAGCAUGGGUCAGACCCAAGAGUUUAAUCAUAAAUAUCAUCUUGUAAAAUCAUGGUUGAAUGAUUAUUAUGUUAUGUAAGUAGUGACCAUACGUUUUGUUUGUUCUGAGACUAUGAAUUCUCUGAGACUAGGAUCUGACUAUUUGACUAAUGUAUCUUGAAGAAGGGACUAGUAUCGUGUGAUUAUCUCAGGAUAAAAGUAAUUUUCUAGAAAUA